GGCUGAGCUGCCGAUCCCAUCAGGGAACACCUUUUGCAAUUUCAACAAAUAACCUUGAUGCCCUGAUCAAUGAAGGAGGGCUGGAAAAUCAACCAAGGUUUGCCCUGGCGGUCAAUAUUGCUGGUCCGAAUUAGGUAUGGACAUAGGACAUAUGAUCCUCACUUUAGUCCGACGACAAUCCCAGUGAGGUUCACAGUUUACAAGAAUCUAAGUGAUAAGGACGAGUGUGAGAAGUGAAGAAAUCGAAUUAUACUAAUUACGACAUUGUAGUAAUUAAAAGUACAAUUUGCACGAAAGAAAGAAGAUCGCUUAUUUAGAAUGCUUUGCAUAGCACAGGGAGACGUUAUAUUUAAGUGACGAGUGACGGGUGCCUUGUGCUGGGAACAGUGCUUUGUCCCGCUGUUGGCGCUCUGCCAUCAUCACUGCGUCAAUUUCACCUUGUCGGUUACUGCGUGGCCCCAUUAAUCAGCACCAGGGAACACAUACACACACACACACAACAGCUUUCACAGCGAGAGGGAAUGAACAGGGGAGCAGCCCCAUAACAUCUCCAGGCUUAUCAUCACUCCCAUUCUUUCCACACUGAAGACGACAAGCUUCGCCCUGCAGUUGACAAUGCUGAUUCAGACAGCCUCAGCCCCGAUCCGAGUGUUGUAUAUAUAAUUUUUGAUGUUCAGUCUUUUUAUUUGACAGCCGGUUGCGGUAUCACCGCUAGAUAAGGGCGGCCGUAUUCCUUCUGGAGCGUGAGAAUUUUUUUUCCAUUGCGGAGAUUUUGUUUCAGCUUUCGUGAAUAAUACAAAGAAGAUUCCAAUAUGGCAAGGCAGUUGACGGCGAAUGGCGAUUCCCGGGGAUUCGGGUCGAAGAAGGUCUCUACUGAUUAUGAAUCUUCUUUGGAACUGUCCGUGCAAGCGCGAAUAUUUAAAAUUAUUGUAAUCGGGGACUCCAACGUUGGCAAGACUUGUCUGACCUUCAGGUUUUGUGGGGGGACGUUUCCCGACAAGACCGAAGCCACCAUUGGGGUAGAUUUUCGCGAGAAACCGGUGAAUAUAGAAGGAGAAACAAUUAAGAUACAGGUCUGGGAUACUGCUGGCCAAGAACGAUUCAGAAAAAGUAUGGUACAACAUUACUACAGAAACGUACAUGCUGUGGUCUUUGUAUAUGAUGUAACAAAACUGGCCUCCUUUGAAAAUCUCAAAGCGUGGAUUCAAGAAUGCAACAGCCAUUCAGUCUCACCCAAUGUGCCAAGGGUCCUGGUCGGAAACAAAUGUGAUCUCACUAAUGAGAUACAAGUAUCUUCCAACAUAGCACUCCGGUUUGCAGAUGCCAACAAUAUGCUUUUGUUUGAGACCUCAGCAAAGGAUCCAAAAGAAAGCGACCAUGUGGAAUCGAUUUUCAUGUCUCUGGCAUGCAAGCUGAAGGCACAAAAAACAUUGACAUUCCAAGAGAUGGAGAAAAGAUCUGGAAAAGCUCAUGUACAGUCUAACGCUAAGAGUACAUGUCCAUGUUGAGUCACUUAGGCUGAGGAGCUGAGUGAGACUGAACUUGGUGAGAAUGUGCCUGUAUCAGUUUGCUAUUCUUCAAUAUGUCCAAUAUUUGAGAAAAAUCAGUGAACUUUUAGGGUUCCUAAAACCAAAAAAAUUCAAUUACUGUUCUUUUAUGAUAAGUCUGUAACCCGUUCAGCAAUUUAAAGUAAUUUUAAGAUAAACGUUGCCAUCUUUUGACAAACUGCCAAAUUUAUAAAUAUAGAACAAUGUGUAAGAUAAGAAGAUGGUGAGAUUGCUAUUGUUUAGGAUGCAUGAAAUAAAAGGGCUAUUCCCACAAUCCUGUACUUUCAGUAGAAAACCAUGUUGAAAGUGAAUUCAGAUCAGAUAUUAAGCAAUUACAUUAUAUCCCUGAUUCUUCAAUCUGUUCUCUUGCAAAACGUGUGCACAACAUUGGUGAAUUACGGCAACUUGGUAUUUCCUUUGUGGCCAAUCGUUUGAGUUUUGGAGCAUGUUGUUCUUGAAACUAUGAAUUUUGAAAGUUAACACUCCUCUGAAAAACCAAAAAUCAGCAUAUAUUUAGUGGCAAUAUUUGUGAAUGGGUAAAUGUUAAAAUAUACCAGAAUAUUUUUAGCAAUGUAUAAAAACAAUUUUAUGGGAGCAAGUGAUCAGUGAAAAUCUUAUUAUGGUAGUAUCUGAAGGAAUCUUCACUGAGAUUUCAGACUCUGGGUCCUAAUCAGUAUUUCAUUUUAAGCCUUUGUUACUGAGUUGAUAGAUACCUGGACCAGUUGCAUUAUAGAUUUUUGACAAAAUUUAAAACAAGUAGAAAUUGCUGAAGAUAACCAUCAUGAAGUGUGUGAAUUAUGGAGUGACUUCAAAUGCUUCAUAUUUUGCAUUCGUAAAACCUAAAUAACAUUUUUAACCAGACCAAUCAACUCUAAUCAGGAGAGGGAGCACAAACCAUUUUUAGUUUUUCAUAUUUGACCCAAAGAUAAGGUGAUCACCUUAUGAUUGUUGAUUACUAGGUAACAAGAUUUUGACCUGUGAUCUAACAGGAAUUGAUUGAAGAUUAGUUCAUUUUUUAACUUUGCUGGUAAGCCUUUAGAAGUCAAUUUUCAAUUGGUUGGUUGCACUGAGCUUAAAUAUUGCAUAAAGAGACAUAACAUUGAAAGUUGUCAUCUUGCAUUUAUCAUAACUAAUACACAAGAAAAAACAUUUGGACAGGGCACACCAAUUUAUACAGCAUGAGAAGAGCUAUUCAGGAGCUGUUAGCUGCCAAUCUCAGCUGAGAAAGCUCAAACAGGCCAGGUGGACCCUGUUUGGUCAGGCUAUUGUCAUAUGAAUGCAACAGAUGUUGAUAGCCUUUAAGGCUCAUUUCUCAUUUCACAUUUCUCAAUGAGAAAGUUGUAAUGCAUGGAAAAAGUCCUUUUGGCUACAAAGAAUGUCGAUAUGUGCAGUUUAGCAGGUGCGAAUGCAUCACAAUAUGAGACCAGUUAAGUUAGUUUUCAGUGUAAUUCUUAACAUUGUCAGAAUUAUUUAACAACAUCCAAUAACAAAAUCACAUCCAUUUUUGGGUAUAAUGUUCUGACAUUGCAAGUGCUGAAUUAUUUGAGCAUAAUCCGGAUGCCGCCUUCUGUAAACAGUCAAAGGAACAUGUUGUUUGAUAUGAUCCAUGGGUUUUGGGACAUACUUGGCAUCAUACUGCCAUUGAGACUCAUCACAUUUUCAAUUUGUGCGGUAGACAAAAAUGUCUGGCUUAAGAGCGGUAAUGUGUUAGAAGAGUGAACAAUUUGUGUGUUUAUUGCAAAGGGCCGAUGUGACAUAGCUAGCUUCACCUGUUCAAAUUUUUGAGACACUUUCACCUUCUAUGUGAAUGUGAGGUCAACUGAACUCCAUUCAGAUCCACAAGCGGCAACCGUAGGCCGUUUCAGAGGUCCUGAGCUUGCACAAUAUGCAACAAUAGGAUUUGAUCAGAGUAGUCAUUAGGAUUGUUUUGAUAUGCCUUCUCUCAAUUUCAAAUUUACAUUGUGAACAGAUGUCUGGGUUUUUCUUCAUCAAUAAUGUUGAUCUUGUUGUACAUGGAACUGUAUACUGACAAGUGAAUAUAGUCUUUCAGUAAAUAUCACUGGAGAGCCUAUUGGCAGAUUUCUCAAUUAAUAUAUUGAAGACAGGGAGCUCAUUUGACUGCUCCAUUUCAGUGCUAAUUUUGAGUGCAGAAUAGAGUUUAUUAAACUGUGUAAAGAAAUUCUUUGCAGUUGUAGAUACUCGGACUGCAAAGGUGUCAUCUAUGUUCAAGGAGUAUGCAAGAGGUGGGAGAUUGGUGAUCACUCCAUCAAAGAUACACUUCUAAUGGUAGUCAACAUGUGAGCAAGAGCUUGAUUUAGAAGGGCCCUAUGGCAGCACCAUCUAUUUGGCUGUAAAUAGUUUCACAGAAAAGAGGACGACAGAGUCUGCCAAUCCAUGUUACAUUCUGCGGGGGGAAAAUCCUGAUGAAUCACAAUCUACCUGCUUGUUCUGAGCUUUAACAGCUAGGUAAGAUUGACAAUUAAAGAUCCCGCUGCAUAUCUAUACCGACUAUAGUUGAACUAACCAACACCCUCUUCUCAGUUGAAUAAAAUUAGUGACCCCAUUUCAAGUUUGGAUUUUUUUGUGUCAGUCUUGAGAAGUACAAGAUGAAAAGGUUUGACUCUCUUAGCAAUGUUCUCCUAAUUGCUUUGAGAAAUUAAAUAGCCACUGAAAACUGGGAAUGCUUCAGAGGGAAAAAGAACAAAAUUAUAUUCAAAUGAAAAUCUUGCCAUAUUUUACUUUCAAUCCAGUACAAACAGUGCUUGCUUUGGUUCAGAGAUUGCAUAUGUUUCAUCAUUAAACAACUAAAUCUCUGAUAAGAUGGGGAAAAGAAAACAUUUAAGUAUGCAUUAGAGAAUGAGACAUUAAAGUAGUGGAUUUAAAGUAACAAAGGUGAAAUUAAUUUCUUUGGUAUCCGUACGUGCAGGCUACUUCUACUGAUGCACGUUAAAUAUAUCUUCAGUAAUUGUGGACCAACAUUUGGAAAGCUAUUGAGCAGAUACAAUAAAUUGUAAGACUGUUAGUGUCAGAACUCCAUGGAAUUAUGAAUCUAAAGUACCUUAAGGAUGUUGUAGUGAAGGAAGUAUUGUGCUGUAGUUAGAGUAAAUUCUUUAUAACUGAUAUGCACUCAGGCAGCAGUGCAUAUUCACUUGUAAUUUAAUUCAAUGUAACUUAUUUCUAACUUGGAAGGAUGUGAUGAAUAAAAAUAAAAUAUAAAAUGUAAUCAGUUCAAAAAUGGUUUAUCAGUAUUUUUGGUGCAGGAGUGAGUUGUGGAUGGACAUGUCAUACAAAACAGCCCCAGAACUGCAAUAUCCACCAUCUCCAAGAAACAAAGUCGAAUUAUGAUAAUAAAAAACUUGUGCUGCGCUAUCUGUAGUCUUAGUUGCAUGAUUUAAUUUUAAAUAGCUAAAAUUUGACUGUGACCUUCUAUUUUUGCUCCAUGAUUGACAUCAUGCUACAUUAACAUUGUCAUGUUAUGGUACUACAGUUCUCAUGUGAUUUUGCUGCUUUGAGUUUCUUACUUCAUUCAUAACCUGUCUACUUACUUAGAAUUACAGAGAGACUAAAGAUCAACAAUGUAUGAUUUGUAUUGUUAUUCUCCUCAAACAGAUGUUUUAUUUGUACUUGAAUGUUUUCAUGGUCUGCGUAUAAGUAAUAACUUGGUUCCAAACAUGUAAAGAAAAGUUUACCUUUCAAUCUGAUUUCUAAAUCUCGAGUUUAAUCUCUUAUCUAUAUUGUCAAAUUCCAGACCUCAUUGACAGGAAAUAGUCUGCUUUAUAUUUUCUGGGCCAUCCCUUCAUAAUUUUAAGUAUUUUGAUCAAAUCACCCAUAACACCCAUUCUUCUUUCAAAGAUAACCCUAUUUAUCACGCGUUUUCUCUGGCACGCAUUAUUCACACGUAUCUUUGCUGCGUCUUCGGUGCUGUAUCUCUAAUACCUUGUUUGUGCAAUCAAAACUGCAAACUGUAUACUGUGUCUUUACUAAGAUUUUGCAUAGAUUUCACCAGGAACUGUGAAAGUUGAUUGAACUUGGAAACAAUGCUGUACUUUCCCUUUUUGCUGCAUGACAAAGGGCAAAACAAUUAAGAGAAAGUCAUUUCCAUGCAACAAGUUAAGGAAUCUGUUAACAUAGAACAUGUUCUUAAUUAUAUUAAAAAAAAAUUGGAAGACAGUCUGGCUUUCACUGGAACUGCUCAUAUUUAAAACAAGAAGCUCCAUAUAUGGGCAAGAUAACAAAGUGUGGAGCUGGAUGA